AUGAACAUCGAUUCAUUCCAACAACUAAAAGCGGGAAUCGGAAGUUUACGGUUGAAGAGAUGUGGAUCAAUACCGGCUUUGACAAUCUCCGUCGUUUACGCGCCAAUAUCAAACAGUGACGAAGAAGAAGUCGAAGUAUUCUAUAAAAAAUCGGAGAAGUUCUGCAGAGAAGAGCACAGAUUUUUUAAGGUCAUCAAUGGAGAUUUUAACUAUAAGAAUGGACCAGAAGGACGUUUGGAGAACAGUGCACCAAGACCUACGGAUUAG